AUGGAAGUGAAAGUCGGUAAGAGGUAUCGGGUUGGUAGAAGAAUAGGUGGUGGUUCCUUUGGGGAAAUAUAUCACGGUAUUGACUUAAUUAGUGGUGAAGAAAUCGCCAUUAAGUUAGAAUCAUCGGAGACAAGACACCCUCAACUAGAAUACGAAUCCCGAGUUUACAAUUUCGUUUCAGAUGGUAGUAUGGGAAUCCCCAAUAUCCGAAUGUUUGAACGGGGUUUUGGCUAUUCUGCUUUGGUGAUGGAUUUAUUAGGUCCUUCAUUAGAGGAUUUGUUUAAUUAUUGCCAUCGGUCUUUUUCUUACAAGACUAUAUUUAUGCUAGCUUGGCAAAUGAUUGCCCGUGUAGCUUAUGUUCAUGGGAAAUCGUUUCUUCACAGAGAUAUUAAACCAGAAAAUUUCUUACUUGGUACCGGACGUCGUGCUAAUAUUGUUAAUUUGAUUGAUUUUGGUCUUUCGAAGAAAUAUCGUGACUUCAACUCACAUCGCCAUAAUCCUCGCAAAACUCAUAAAUCAUUGGUUGGAACUGCUCGUUAUGCAAGUGUCAAUACACAUUUUGGUAUUGAACAGAGCAGAAGGGAUGAUUUAGAAUCCCUAGGUUAUGUCUUGGUGUAUUUUGCGAAGGGACACUUGCCUUGGCAAGGUCUAAGAGCAACUACCAAGAAACAAAAAUAUGAUCGUAUCUUACAAAGAAAAUUAUGCAUCACUACAGAUAUCUUAUGUGAAGGGCUGCCGAGUCAAUUUGUGGCAUACAUGGGGUAUGUUCGUAGUUUACAGUACGAUCAAAGGCCUGAUUACGUGUAUUUGGAACAAUUAUUCAAGAAUUUGAGCGAACAAUUAAAUUAUACUAAUGAUUAUCUUUUUGAUUGGUCAAUUUAUCGUUAUACCAAGACACUUGUGGCUGAAGAGCGUAAGAAACCUAUUGAACCUAUAAUUGCGUCUCGAGAAAACCCUCCAUUAACAGAACAAAAGAGGAAGGAAAGAGAACAGGAAAGAGAAUUGGAACGUCAUUUUACUAUGUUUCGAAAUAUUAAAGCUCUGACCUUGAAGAAAUUCCCUAAUUCUUUCCACUUUUAUAUACCUGGUGACACGCAUAAUCCAUUUACAGACGAGAUUUUGGCUCAGACUGUAAAGAAUGAGAAUUUGGUAACUAUUUAUCCAGAGAGAUAUCUCUUAGCGAUUGACCAAGGGAUCGCCAAGAUGAGAAGAAGGACAGAACAGUUAAAGGAGCAAGCGGAUAAAAGAAGAGCUGAGUUCAAGAAAGAGGAAGAACAAAGAAAAAUCGAACAAUACCAAUGGGGGCCUAGGCCAGGUGCAAACUAUAUUGCACAUUGCCAUACCGGAGACCAGUUAUUGCCUCCUUCUAACAAAUUAAAUAGGAAAGAUGUGUUAUACAAAGGUAGGCGUAAUGGGCACGAGUCUGUGCAUGACAUAAAGAAGAACACUAAAAAAUUACAAUUUUAA